CCCCGGGCCCUUCAUGGAGCUGAGUUUCCCUCUGGGCACUGCGGCACGUUCCAGGUUGAUGAUGAAAGUAAGAAGUUAACUGGGUCCCUAAGAUUCAUUUUCAGGUUUUUGUUUUCACUUUCACUUUCCUAGAAAACGAAAGAGGAGGCAGGGACAGAAAAGCUAAACCUGGUUUUCCUUUACUCGUUGCCCCAUCUGAUUCUUAACUGAGCUGGGGUGGAAGACUGUUUCAUCUGUAAAACCAGGAGGGGUUUGCAGAGUUUAGGAAGCAGCCUGGACACAGUGUGGGCGGUUCUGGGAAGGGAAAUAAAGGGAGAAGACUCGGGAGGCAUUGGCUAUCACUGUUCUGAGCCACCUGUGGGAGUUUAGGGUCAACCCUGACUGGCUGUUUGGAGCUCUGUCUGGGGAUUAGGGCUUUGACCAGUGGGAUUUAACUGGGUGUCUAGCAAGCGGGCUAGCCACAGCGCUGUCCAGCUGAGUGUACGGCUGAGUAUUUGACCGAGUGGGGGUCCUUCCAAGAGAAUGGGUACCUCCAAGACGCGUUUGGAUAUCGAUGAACAACGGUAUUCCCGACAGAUGUAUGUUCUAGGCACAGAUGCCAUGAGGAGGCAACAGAAGUCUUCCAUGCUGGUGUCUGGCAUGAAGGGGCUGGGUGUGGAGAUUGCCAAGAACCUGGUCCUGACCGGAGUGGGAGCGCUCACUCUGCAUGACCCCAGCCCCACCUGCUGGAUGGAUCUGGCUUCUCAAUUCUUCCUGUCAGAGGAGGACAUAGGACGAAACAGGGCCCAAGCAUCUCUGCCCCGCCUAAAACAACUCAACCGUGAUGUGUGCAUCAAUACCUAUGAGGGUCCCCUCACUGAGACUGUGCUACGCAGAUUCCAGGUGGUGAUACUGACAGACUCCACACUAGAAGAACAGCUGCAGGUGGGAAAGCUUUGUCAUGAACAUGGGGUGCGCUUCCUGGUGGCCAGCACUCGGGGCCUGGUGGGGCAACUUUUCUGUGACUUUGGCGAGAAAUUCACCAUCCAUGACCCUAGUGAAGACGAACCCGUAGAGAAAAGCAUCAGGCAGAUCUCUCAGGAUUCUCCUGGUGUACUCACUGUUCUUGAAGAAGAUGGCCGUGGUCUCCAGGAUGGGGCCUGGGUGACCUUCUCUGGCAUCGAGGGCAUGACAGAGCUCAAUCAUUGUGAUCCUCGGCGUAUCCGAGUUCUAGACAGAUGGACCGUAGAGAUUGGAGACACCUCGGCCUUCUCCCCCUACCUACGAAGUGGGGUCAUCACAGAGGUCAAGAAACCCCAGACACGUUCCUACGAAGCCUUGUCCCUAUCGCUGUGCCGGCCCAGGAUCGUGGCACCCAGCCCUAAGGAGAAACAGCGUGCCCGCUGCUUGCAUCAGGCCUUCCGGGCACUGCACAAGUACCAGGCCCAGACUGGCCGCCUCCCCAGGCCCUGGCACCUGGGGGAUGCCAAUGAGCUGGUGGACCUGGUCCAGGGCCUAGAACCCCUUCAGGGAAAUAAUGACCAGAAGUUGAAUGAGCCCCUCGAUGAGGCACUGGUGAGGGAGUUUGCCAUGACCUGCACUGGGGACCUGAGCCCUAUCAAUUCGGUGCUUGGCGGGAUGGCAGCCCAAGAGAUGCUGAAGGCAGCCUCAGGGAAGUUCAUGCCCCUGGACCAGUGGCUGUACUUUGAUGCUCUUGAAUGUUUGCCAGAAGAUGGAAAGCCCCCACUGAGAUCAGAGGCAAGAGAUUGUCGUUAUGAUGGACAGAUUGCCGUAUUUGGAGAUGAUUUCCAGAAGAAGCUGGGCACGCAGCGCUACUUUCUGGUGGGGGCAGGGGCCAUUGGCUGUGAGAUGCUCAAGACCUUUGCCAUGCUGGGCUUAGGAGCUGGGCAGGGCGGGGGUGUCACCGUCACGGACAUGGACAUCAUAGAGCACUCCAACCUCAGCCGACAGUUCCUCUUCCGGUCAGAGGACCUAAAGAAGCCCAAGUCAGAAGUAGCAGCCCUAGCUGUGAAGGGCAUGAACCCAGCUCUCUCUGUGACAGCACACACAAAUGAACUGGGCUCUGACACAGAACACAUUUAUGGCGACGACUUCUUCUCCAGCCUCGAUGGUGUGGUUUCUGCCCUGGACAGCUUCAAGGCCCGUGGGUACGUGUCCAAGCGCUGUGUCCACUAUCUGAAGCCAAUGCUAGAGUCAGGCACUCAGGGUACCCGAGGCAGUGCUGCCGUCUUUGUGCCCUCCAUAACCGAGCAAUACACACCCUCUGAAGAUGGCAACGAGACUGCACACCAAGUCUGCACCCUACGCUACUUCCCCAGUACCAUUGAGCACACCCUACAGUGGGCCCGGAAUGAGUUCGAAGGACUGUUCAGAUGGCCGGCGGAGAUAAUGAACCGCUACCUACAGGAAGGCCUCAGCAGUGGAAGGGAGUCAGACUUGUUCGAGGGAAUGGAGGGGCUACAAACCCUUGAUUAUCUGAGGACUGCCAGCACUUCCUUCCUCACCCCACCACGGUGCUGGCGGGACUGCGUCGCUUGGGCCCGCGAUCGCUGGCAAGAUUGCUUCCAUGACAGCAUAAUCCACAUUCUUCAGUACUACCCCCAAGACAAGGUGCAUGAGGAAGGAGUCCCCUUCUGGUCUGGAACCAAACGCUGUCCCCAGCCCCUGGAGUUUGACAUCCACAGAGACACCCACCUGAAUUAUAUUCUGGCAGCGGCUAACCUGUAUGCCAAGACUCAUGUACUUCAGGGCUCGAAGGACCGUGAUGAGUUACGUGUGAUGCUUCAGGAGUUACCAGCACCUGAUUGUCAGCUCCGGGUCCACAUGCCCAUCUUUGCCAAUGACCAAGAGCUAGAACAAGAUUCAGCAGAAUGGGCUCCCACCCAUCUGCAAAAACUACGAUCAGCUCUAGCCAGAUGGCCAGGAACCUCCUUGGAGCCACAGCAGUUUGAAAUGGACGAUGACAGUAACUUCCACAUGGAUUUCAUUGUGGCUGCAUCCAACCUUCGGGCUGAGAAUUAUGGAAUCCCCCCAGCUGACCGCAGCAAGAGUAAGAAGAUUGUGGGGAAGAUCAUCCCAGCCAUAGCCACAACAACAGCCGUAGUGGCCGGGCUGGUUGGCUUGGAGCUGUAUAAGACUGUGAUGGGGCAUCAGCGGCUCAGCUCUUACCGCCACAGCUACCUCCACCUAGCUGUGCCUCGCCUCAGCCGCUGCGUCCCGGAGGCCCCGCAUGUCCAACAGUAUCGUGAUAUGACGUGGACAUGCUGGCACCGGCUCACGGUGCCUGCUCCUGCCCCGGGUCAACCUGAAAUGACCCUCAAGGACCUGCUCACCUAUCUCCAGGAAAAGCAUGACCUUCCAGUGACCAUGUUACUGUUGGACUCCUAUCUCCUGUACUCAAGGCGCCGGCCAGAGACCCAGCAAAACCUCCAGCUCAGGGUGACAGAAGUGGUGCAUAAGGUGACUGGCAAGGAGUCGAAGGUGGGCCAAAAGGAGCUGGUGUUUGAGAUCGGCUGUGAGGAUGAAGCGGACGACACUACCUUCCCCCCACUACAUUACUGCCUCUGCUGAGCCCGGCCCACAAAGACGGACACAUGGCUGAGCUCCGGACCUCAGAAUCAUUAAUAAAACCCUUGAUGAAGCAUUAACCAGGGCCAGGUGAUGGUGGCCAAUUCGAAAUCAGAAAAAAAAAUUGCUUGAAAUGUUACCAGCCAAUCAGACUCUUACAGCCCAGGAUUCUGCCUCUCAGGGAACAGGCUGCUACACUGAGCCCCUUUUUCGUUUUUUCCCAUCUCCCCUCACCCCAUUUGUGACUCAGGCACCCUACUGCGUCAUUGCGGGCCCAUCCUCCCUGGUAACAAACAAUACUGACUGCUCCUUCACCAAAUCGUGAGAUUUAGAGCUAGAAAAGAUUUUAGACAUCAGCCAUUCCAUUCCCCAGAGGAGGAAAC